CCAACCAUUCUUCGCGAAACUCAAGCUUAACGAUCGGUCAUGGGCUUGAAUGGUUAGGAAAAAUGCCAUAUCCUCCUUUCUUCUCCUUCUUCAUCUGCCUUUCAACUUCUACUGUAUUAAUUGUUUCCCUGUAAAGUUUCUCUGUAUGCCGUGAACCUUAAGUUUGCUUUUUUAUUCUUUAACGAACAUGCAGAGCAAUUCAUGGACGGAAAACCAGGCUAAGUUGAUCAUUUGAUAUCGAAAAACUAUAAAAAAAAAAAAAAGGCACAGGGAAAGAGAUUCUUCUUCGACAAAUCGUUACGGAAAAUGGAAGAUUAUUCGAAAGUAGAAGCAGAAGCACAUGAAACGCCUGGUACUGAAGAUUCCAGUUCAAGUGAUAGUGACAAAGAGGAGAAAGUGGUUUCUGAGUCGGCUCGAGAGACCGAACCGGGAGACUCUGAUGCUGCAGAGUUAGAUGCUACCGAGUCCGAAACCACUGGAGACUCUGAAGUAGUCUUAACCAAUGUAGAACCAAAGGAAACAACGGUACCGCCGGCCGAUGGCUCCACGGUCGAUGGAGUGCUUGUUGCUUCUGACAACAAUGCUGGGAAUUCGUCAGGUUUCCCAGAAUCGGCAUUGGAGCAAAAUGUCGAAGAUUCCUCGCUAGCAGAAACCGUUCCUAUAGUCGAGACCAGAGAUGGUGGUGGUGAAGUUGCAGCAGACAAGCCUGACAUUGACGAAACCAUGGAAACUCAGCCUAUUCCUUCCAUGCGUCACCGUCUGGUGCAAGUGAUUUCUUGGAGAAGCUGCUGUGGACUUUUCGAAGUUCUUCGGCGCUCCGAUAGAUGAAAUCCAAGCACUCUCCGGCAAGUCAUGCUAAAUUCUUUGGUUUGCAGUCUCGGAAAAUAGCUAACGCAGAAUCUCAAGUUCAUGGUGGAGUUCAUAUGUUGUUUUGUUUUUUCUUCUAGCAUUUUUCUGCAAAAUAGUUGUUGAGAACUGAAAAAGUUCAUUGGGGGAACGUAUCAGGGCUUGAAUGUUGGGAUCUGCCAUGUGUGGAGUGUUUUCAUCAGUCGCCUUUGUAGCUCUAAACCUUCUGUAUUGUGUACGAUAAGUGCAUACUGAUGAUUUAUGUUAUUCAUACUGUGAUUUCAGUUCUAAAA